AGAGUGUAACUUGUAUUUGGCAUCUUACGCAGCGCUCAGACUCAUGCCAUUUGCGCGUGUAGGAGGAGGACAUGAGCACAGACUGGUCAAGUUACGGCCGAUAAAGGUGAUUGUUUAGACGAAAAGGAAGGAGACAGAACCUGAACCUCUUUCGCGCACACACCGCCAGCUGUCGGUGAGAAUUAAACAGUUUCUUUUGCCUGAUCGAGAGCAAGUGGCGGCGCAAUGUGGGAGCAGAAGGAAUUCGCUAAACACUGGAAAAAUGAGUUUCCAGACGGGGAAGUUCCCCUCAUGGACCUGAAGUCGGUGGAUGACAUUGAGUCCGAGCUGGAGUCGUGCAAAGCCAAUCUGAAGAGGCUCCAAAAGGCUCUGGCGGAGGAGAAAUUCAAGAUGAUCUACCUGCAGACCACCAUGGCCCGGCAGAAACGAGGCGACCCGGAGACAUCUGAAGGCAAGGAUGAAAACUUUAACGCAGAUAAAUUCGCCUUCCUAAAAGAGAAAGACAUUAGAAAAUCAAAUGUGAGGGACGACGACGUGGAUUCAAGCAGACUGCCGGAGCCUGUGGGCGUAAAAGUCCCUGGUGGAGCUCUCCCUGCGGUGUUAUGCAGCUCCUUCUCCCGGGACAGACCCAGGUUCAGCGGGAAAACAGGUAAGCCUGUCCCUAUCCCUGUGCCUCCGCGCAUCAGCAGCUUCCACAAACCCCCGGUCCUGAUCAAUGACAACGAAGACAUCAGUGACCGUGAAUAUGAAGAUCCAGAGCUCAAUGAGAAUUUCGUCAGGAAUAACUUACUGGCGCCUAAGAAUUUGUACCGGGACAACCAGAGGACUUCAAGCGCGCAGAGGGACGCCAGACGACCCCACCGCCACAGCAGGGACAUGGACUCAGGGGACGAUGGCAGACUGUCCCCCUCCUUCCCCCUCAUCCAGCGGAGAGCGUCAAGAGGCUCUGGAUGCAGCACGCCGGACAGAAGGAGUGAUGGAUACAUGAGCUCAGACCAUGAAGACUCCUCAUCAGCAGACUUUAACUACAACACAGAUGGCUACGAAGGAGAAGGCGCCGAGGAUGGGAAGUCUCAGGAUGGUUCGGAGCCGCUGCGCUUCAUCGACGAGUCUCCCACCAUGUCCCCCCAGCUCUGUGCGCCCUUGGGCCCCAACGGAGAGGCUGUGUCCCCCACCCCCCCAGAGGGCCUGCUGUCUGGGGGAUACAUUGAGAAGGGGCUGGAGAUGAAGAAGCUGGUGCUGUCCGGGUUUUUAGCCAGUGAAGAAAUCUACAUCAACCAACUUGAAGCCCUCUUAUUGCCUAUGCGUCCCCUCAAAGCCACAGCCACGACCUCCCAGCCGGUCCUGACCAUCCAGCAGGUUGAGACCAUCUUCUACAAAAUCCAGGACAUUUUUGAGAUCCACAAAGAGUUUUACGACGCCCUUCUGCCCAACAUCCAGCAGUGGGACGAAAAGGUCACCGUCGGACAUCUGUUUCAGAAGCUGGCCAGUCAGUUGGGAGUGUACAAGGCCUUUGUGGAUAACUACAAAAUUGCACUGGAGACAGCGGAGAAGUGUAGUCAAGCCAACAUCCAGUUUCAAAAGAUAUCAGAGAACCUCAAAGUGAAGGGCCCUAAAGAUGCUAAAGACUGCACCACCACUGUCACCAUGGAGGCUCUCCUCUACAAGCCUAUUGACCGUGUCACCAGAAGCACCCUGGUCCUUCAUGACUUGUUAAAACACACGCCUAAAGACCACCCGGACUUCCCUCUGCUCCAGGACGCUCUGAGGAUCUCCCAGAACUUCCUCUCCUCCAUCAAUGAAGAGAUCGACCCGAGGAGGACGGCUGUCACCACACCCAAAGGAGAGGCACGCCAGCUGGUGAAGGAUGGCUUUCUGGUGGAGGUGUCGGAAAACUCCAGGAAGCUCCGUCACGUCUUCCUCUUCACCGAUCUGCUGCUUUGUGCCAAGAUGAAAAAGACCGCUGUGGGUCGGCACCAGCAGUACGAGUGUAAGUGGUACAUCCCUCUGGCAGACCUGACCUUCCAGACUUUGGAUGAGUGUGACUCGUGCCACAGUGUCCAGGUGCUGCCCGAGCACGAGAUUGAGGAGAUGAAGAUGAAGAUCUCUGUCCUCAAGAGUGAGAUCCAGAAAGAGAAGAAAGCACCUAAAGGUCAAAGUCGUGUGGAAAGAUUGAGGAAGAAGAUGAAUGAACAAGAGUCCUGGCUGCUUAUGCACUCCCCAACCAUCCCGUUUCGCAUCAACAACAAACAUGGAAAAAGUUAUCUAUUCUUGCUGUCUUCUGAUUAUGAGAGAUCAGAAUGGAAGGAAAGCAUGCAGAAACUACAGAAGAAAGACCUCCAGGCUUGUGUUUUGAGCUCUGUUGAGCUGCAAGUUCUCACCAGCUCUUGUUUCAAACUCCGCACCGUCCACAAUAUCCCGGUCACCACUAACAAAGACGAUGAGGAGACUUCAGGCCUGUACGGCUUCCUCAAUGUGAUCGUCCACUCAGCCAAAGGAUUUAAGGAGUCAGCCAAUUUAUACUGCACUCUGGAAGUGGACUCCUUUGGAUAUUUUGUCAGCAAAGCCAAGACCAGAGUGUUCAGAGACACCUCAGAGCCACAAUGGAAUGAAGAGUUUGAGAUUGAGUUGGAGGGCUCCCAGUAUCUGCGGAUCCUUUGUUAUGAGAAGUGCUACGACAAAAGCAUGCUCAAUAAAGAUGACAACGAGAUCGUGGACAAGAUCAUGGGCAAAGGACAAGUCCAGCUCGAUCCCCAGACGGUACAGUCCAAGAACUGGCACAUGGAUGUCAUAGAGAUGAAUGGGAUCAAAGUGGAAUUUUCCAUGAAGUUUACAAGUCGAGACCUCAGUUUGAAGAGAACGCCCUCCAAAAAACAGAGUGGGGUGUUUGGAGUCAAAAUCAACGUAGUGACAAAGCGUGAACGCUCCAAAGUGCCUUACAUCGUCCGACAGUGCAUUGAGGAGGUGGAGAAGAGGGGCAUUGACGAAGUGGGGAUCUACAGGAUCUCAGGGGUGGCCACAGACAUCCAGGCUCUCAAACUGGCCUUUGAUACAAAUACCAAAGACAUCUUGAUGAUGCUGAGCGACAUGGACAUAAAUGCCAUUGCUGGGACACUGAAGCUGUACUUCAGGGAGUUGCCUGAACCUCUGCUCACUGACCGCUUCUACCGUGCCUUCAUGGAGGGCAUAGCUCUUUCAGAUCCAGCUGCCAAGGAGAACUGUAUGAUGCACCUCCUCCGUUCUCUGCCCGACCCCAACCUCAUGACCUUCCUUAUUCUGCUGGAGCAUCUCAAACGUGUGGCCGAGAAGGAGCCUAUAAAUAAGAUGUCUCUCCAUAAUCUGGCCACUGUGUUCGGCCCCACACUGCUCAGGCCCUCUGAGUCUGAGAGCAGCAAGGGACAGCACAUCACCUCGGCCUCAGACAUCUGGUCACAUGACGUCAUGGCCCAGGUCCAGGUGCUACUGUAUUACCUCCAGCAUCCGCCCAUCUCCUUCUCUGAGCUGAAACGCAACACACUUUACUUUUCCACUGAUGUGUAAUUCAACCACAACCACCUGUUUCCUGUAGAGGGCAGCAUUUGUGGACGAGAAAGAGAUGGAGUAGAGCUGCAGGACAAAGCUCUCCUCCACAAUGUACAGAUCCCCUCCAGGUCCACACCAAGAUGUGGCAGAAGACACACAUUUUCUAUGGUCUCCUGUUUGUAAAUGUGAGGACACCAAGGGCAUUCUGGGACCACAGUGUAAACUUUUCACAAAAAUUUGCUCUUUUAAGACUGAGACCUCUGGUGUUUUUCUGUUCAGAUGCAUUCCAGAGUAAUAUUCAUGUUUUUAAUUAUGUUUCCCCAUCUGAGUUUGUGCAUGUGGAGGAAGUGUGAGUGACAAUAUGGAUGUACACUUGCAAGAAUGCGUGUCUAAGGACAGGACAGUGGUAAUAACUGCUGUUGUUGACAUGAGAGCCCCACUGGCCAAAUUACCCCUAUUUAUUUUAAAUAUAUAUAAUAUGUGUGCCUGUACAGUUGUGCAACUAGAGAAAUGCUCUAAGGAGUCUGUUUUGAAGUUUAUUCAGGUAGUGAUGUUCUUUUUUUAGUCUAAUCUUUUCAUUCACCAUGUACAUGAUUGGUAAGCUGUACUGAAAGGAUCACCUGCCAGUUUAAUUUUGCAAUCACUAAGUAGAGAAUGACGGGCACUCUGUGAUAUGAGGGUUUUGGGAAAAUAACACAAUGAAUGGAACAUUUAGCUUUUUCUUGUUGUUGCAUUGCAAGCCUGUUCCAAGUGUCUUACUGCACUGGUGUAAUCUCUAGGAUGGUUGUGUAGUUUCCUUCGUGCAUGUUCAGCUUGUCAAUUGAGCCAGGCACGGUAACACAAAGGUGGGUUGUCUCUGUGAGGCUGAACCUGUCUGUGCUCUGUAAAAAGCCAACCUUUUUGCUAUCAAGCCUGUGACAUAUCUACCAAUACUGUAAGCACUGCUAGAUGAGUACUAUUUGAUAUUUUUAAUAUAAGAUUAAAAUGAAAUAAAAAUGUUGUAUUUUACUUCCUUUGGGAAGAAUUUCAAUAUACUGUAAUAUUGAGGCUAAAUGUCAAUGUGAACUUUCUCCCCUUUUUUAGUAAAAAUUAAAGUUACCAAAACACUGUA